AUGAAGGACUCAGAAACUCUAAGGUCCAAAGAUGGUAACUUCACGUUGGGAUUCUUCACCCCUCAAAACUCUGCAAAGCGCUACGUUGGAAUUUGGUGGAAGUCUGAGUCCACAGUCAUAUGGGUUGCUAACAGAAACCAAUCACUGAAUGAUUCUUCUGGAGUUGUUACCAUUUCUGAAGAUGGCAAUCCUGUGGUGCUCAAUAGACAAAAACAAGUCAUUUGGUCAACAAAUGUAUACAAUUCAUCAUUCAAUACAAGUUCCAAGCUUUCAGACUCUGGUAAGCUCGUUCUCACAGAAAACACAACAGGAAACAAGUCAUUGUGGGAUAGUUUUCAGCAACCUUUAAAUACAUUAUUGCCAGGCAUGAAACUUUCAAGCAAUAGAAGAACAAGUACGGAAGUAGAACUAACAUCAUGGAAAAGCCCUUCUAAUCCCUCUGUUGGGAGUUUCUCUUGUAGUGUUGUUCAACGCAUAAAUAUAGUUGAAGUGUUCAUUUGGAAUUGGAAUGUUGAAACUCGACCGUACUGGCGCAGUGGUCCAUGGAAUGGUGGCAUAUUUACAGGGAUACCGACCAUGUCACCGUAUCUUAAUGGAUUCAAAGUUGGGGAUGAUGGGGAAGGAAAUACAGAUGUCUAUUUUACAUUACCAAGUGCAUUAGAAUUUGUAAUCUAUAUGAUGAAUUGGCAAGGCCAAUUAGAAGCAAAACUUGUUAGAUAA